ACCAACUAUUUUGAGGAGACCACAAACACAAAUUUUGACGAAGGAAACCAAAAACCUACGCUGCUGAUCUCAUUUAUUGUAACUUAUGGCCUCAAAUGCCGAUCACAUGCAUGAAACUGGAGUUCCCCUUGGCUCUCCCAUGCCUUAAUCUACACCUGUAAUUGUGCGCUACGAGUUAAGACCGUCAACUAGUUGUAUGUCUCAAUCGACGCUUCGAAGAAGAUGAUGCGUUAAAGCCAACCAUUUCACAGACUUGGGGUCUUCUUUAUAAACAAUGGGUACAAUUCAAAGCCGGGAGGUAAAAAUCAAGCUGAAGACUUUUCCUAAGUUCAAGCAGUGGUUUAGUAAGAACGAAAGAGAAUGGAAAGCAACACAGGAAAGGGAAAGGUUGUAUGCGUCACUGGUGCUUCUGGCUUUAUUGCUUCAUGGGUCGUCAAGCUUCUUCUUCUUCGUGGUUAUGCUGUCAAGGCCACUGUUCGCGACCCAAAUGAUUCAGUAAAAGUAGACCACUUGCUCAAACUUGAUGGGGCAAAGGAGAGACUGCAGCUGAUUAAAGCAAAUCUCAUGGAAGAAGGUUCCUUUGACGUGGCUGUUGAGGAGUGCGAGGGCGUCUUUCAUACUGCAUCUCCUGUUGCUCUCAAUGUCAAAGAUCCACAGGCUGAAUUAAUUGAUCCAGCAGUCAAAGGAACUCUUAAUGUUCUCAAAUCAUGUGCAAAAUCACCAUCUGUGAAACGAGUUAUUUUAACUUCUUCCACUGCUGCAGUUGAAUAUAAUGGAAAGCCUAAAACUCCUGAAGUUGUAGUUGAUGAGACUUGGUUUUCAAAUCCAGAUAUCUGUAGGGAAUAUAAGAUCUGGUAUACACUUUCCAAGACUUUGGCUGAAGAUGCUGCCUGGAAAUUUGCAAAAGAACACAAGAUUGACUUGGUUGCUCUCAACCCAGCUGUGGUGAUUGGGCCACUCUUGCAACCAUCACUUAAUGAAAGCUCUGCUGCAAUAUCAAAUUUAAUAAAUGGUGCGCAAACAUUUCGAAAUUUAUCUUUGGGCUGGAUUCAUGUGAAGGAUGUUGCAAAUGCUCAUAUUCAAGCAUUUGAGAUUUCUUCAGCCAGCGGAAGGUAUUGUUUGGUUGAGACAGUAGCACACUACUCUGACAUUGUGAAGAUUUUGCAUGAGCUAUAUCCAACAUUACCACUCCCACAGAAAUGUGAGAACGACAAGCCCUUCAUGCCAGUGUAUCAAGUUUCCAAAGAAAAGGCAAGGACCUUGGGGAUUGAGUUUAUUCCCCUGGAGGUGAGUCUCAGGGAUACAGUGGAAAGCUUGAAAGAGAAGAACUUGAUCAAUUUUUAAUUGUGAUCUUUCUCCAAGGAAGGGAGUGUUGAAAACUUGAAACAUGUUUUAAAUAUGUACCUCUGGUGUAAAAGGCUUUUGUUGAAUUUUCUACGAGCUUUAUCAAUGUGUGUCAGUUUGUGAGAUGUCUUACAAGCUUAUCCAUUGACAUGAUAGAUGAUAACUAAUGUUCCCUCUUGUCCCUAUUAUAAAGCAUUUUUUUAAAAAAGAACAAUUAUUUCUGAUUAUAGGUCACCAAAUAUGAUAUUAGUUACGUUUUAUAAUAUUGUGCCUAUUUAAA